AUGGAUGAUCUUGAAGUUAUCCAUUUAAGUGGUAAUACACUUGGUGUUGAAGCAAGUCAGGCAUUAGCCGAAGCACUUAAAACUAAAAAAAAAUUAAAGAAAGCUCUUUUAUCUGACAUCUUUACUGGCCGCUUAUUGUCAGAAAUUCCUUCUGCUUUAAAAGCCUUGUGUGAUGCCUUUGAACAAGUAGAACUUUUAGAAUUAGAUCUCUCCGACAAUGCCUUUGGCCCUGCUGGUGCUGAACCAUUGAUUCAUUUUCUGUCCAAUACGAAAACUUUACACACCUUGCGUUUAAAUAAUAAUGGAUUGGGUCUUGGUGGUGGUGCGAUGAUUGCACAGGCUCUUCAAGCCUCUGCUGACAAAGCUGCGGCCGAAAACCGACCUUCUUCACUCCGCACAAUUAUUUGUGGUCGUAAUCGUCUUGAAGAUGGAUCCUCCAAGGCCUUAGCUCGUGCUUUCUCCUCUCAUGGUACCUUGGAAGUCGUCCGUAUGCCUCAAAACGGUAUUCGUCCUGAUGGCAUUCGUACCAUUGUUGAGGGUCUUCAAGACUGUCCUAACUUGCACCAUCUCGAUCUUCAGGAUAAUACCUUUACUGCAAAAGGUUCUAGAGCCUUGGCUAAGGCCCUACCAAGCUGGCCUGAUUUGGAAAUCUUGAACUUGUCUGACUGUCUUUUGAGUAAAAAGGGAGGUGCUGCUAUCUUUGCUGCACUUGAGCGUGGUGAAAAUAAAAAGAUAAAGGAAUUAUUGAUGCAAUAUAACGAAAUUCAAGCAGACGGUGUCAAGACCUUAGCAUCUGCUAUUAAAUCACAUUUGAAUUUAUUAGAAAAGCUUGAAUUGAAUGGUAAUCGAUUUGAAGAAGAUGAUGAAGUUGUAGACAUUUUAAAAGAAUCACUCGCUGUUUGGGGACAUGAAGAUGCUUUAGACGAAUUAGAUGAUAUGGAAGAAAUGGAUAGUGAAGAAGAAGAAGAAGAAGAAGAGGAAGAGGAAGAGGAAGAGGAGGAGGACGAAGAAGAAGAAGAAGAGGCUGAAAUUGUUAAGGAAGCUAAAGAAGCUGAAUCUAAAGAACCUACUACAAAAUUAGAACAAAAAGACGCAGAUGAUUUAGUUGAUAAAUUAAAUAAGACUCACAUUUAA